AUGUGUGAAUUAUAUAAUCCAACAGGAAUUGUUCGUCGUCAAUUAGUGUCAAGAACAAAUAUAAUGGUGAAACCACGUUUAUGCAUUUUAGCAGCUGGACAUCCACGUGAAACCAUUAACUGUUUAACUGGAUCUGGUUUGAAAACAGCUGAAACAAAUGAUGAUGGUCUUUUCAACCGUUUUUUAAUAUCAGUUGGUUACAAGCAAAAACCAAAUCGAGAUUGUCCACCACCAGAUAAUAAAAUACCAAAAUUAGAACAUCUCUUUUAUUAUACACAUCAACUACACAAACAAACACGAGAAUAUUCAUUUAAUGAAGAAGGUUUUUCAUUUCUCAGUAGCAUUAUUCUUGUACCUAUUUUUUUCUAUAAUUUAGCUUAUACAUUUAUGAAAGAAACGAUUUAUGUAUAUGAUUGUGAAUCUGUUAGUUUCAGCAACGAGGACGAUUAUUUAGCUAGCGAUCGAAUAUUAUUGUCGGCAUUACCGUCAAAUUUAAAACGAAAGUAUACAAAAGAACAAUAUCUUCCAAUAUUGCGACAACUUGAAGCAGACGGUCAUGGUACUGUUACCAGCACAGAAAAAACAAGUGGACCAAAAGCUAUUUGCUUUGUUAAAAAACCUCGAUUAGAACAAACUUCAGAAUCUCAAAACCCAAUUAAUAGUAGUAGAUCAUAA